GUUCGUUCUUGUUAACAGCUUAACAGCCGAACCAGAGCCAAACUCGCACUUCCAGAUGAUAGCAGUAAAUAAAGGGAUCGACGAGGAAUGUCACUGACCUUGUGAGGACUUAUAACAACACAUGAUGAACCUAGAUUUAGUGUGGCUUAUUGUGCUGUCCGUCUUUUUCGGAGCCUUCAUCGCAGUUGCGGCUCUGCUGUUUGCGCUGCACUACUACUUAAAGCCAAAGUCAAACCAAACCUUAUCUUCCGAGUAUGCGCUAGAAACACCAAAUUUUGAGCAGUUCCAACUGCCACAGAGCCUGCUACAAAUCAUCAACACCACGGAAUCGCCGAAAAAAGAGACUUGCGUUGCCCUGAACCUUCUCUUCCACUUUUUGUACUACGAACUGAGAAAUUCCGAGGAGGUCCGUCUCUGGUUUCUCAAGAAACUCACUCUAGAAUUUGAUGAGUUGCUGACAAGAACCACAACUGGGAAAUUUAUCGAUAAAAUUUCUAUAAAGGAAAUUGACUUGGGUUCCAAGUUUCCCAUUUUCAACGGGAUCAGCAUUCAAGAUGUCGUUCUGCAUCCUACGAAGAAGUACAUUGAAACGCUAGACCUUAGUGUGGACCUGCACUACGAGGGAGGUUUUCAGCUUGUAACCAGCGUCCGCCUAAUCCUUGGUGCUCCAGCAAAGAUCACCGUUAAAGUUUGCCAUCUUUCCGGCCGUGCUCGACUUAGGUUCACUCGACAGCCAUUCUCCCAUUGGUCUUUCACUUUCUAUAAUGAGCCUAGUUUGGAGCUCCAGGUCGAUUCGCACUUCCAGGGAAGACCUGUUCCUCAAGUUACCUCAUUGAUAGUUAGCCAGAUACGCAAAGCGGUGAAAAAGAAGCACACGGUACCGCAGUUCAAAAUGCGCUACAAGCCGUUUUUCCAAGCUCCGCUGCAGACUUCUCCGUCAUUCUACGAUCAAUUUGACCAGUCUGACGUUGCGAAAAUUCCACCUGGAGUGCUGAAAGUUUCUUUGAUCGAGUGUACAAGACUGAAUUCGGAACUAGUUGCUGGAGAUGUGUAUUGCACAUUGGCUGUGGAUGAGGCUCCGUGGACUGAACUCGUUCUCUCAGAUUCGUCUGCCGUCAUGACUCUUGAUUUAAUAGUGUUCAGGAAGCCUUCUCAGAAUCUAGGAGUCACUUUCAAAACUGAGCAACAAGUUUUGGUUGCUGUCGAUACUGUGGAACGAAAUUCGCCAGGAUACUUUUCCAAACUGAAGAAAGGUGAUAUUUUACUAUCGGUUCAAGGAACAAAGGUUGUUUCACUAAGCCAGGCGAGCAAAUUGCUGAGAGCUGCUCCUCGCAGGUUCCCUAUCAGAAUUGAGAGAAGACGGUCACGUAAGCUAGACAUAGAAACUGCUAAGGAGGUGGAUGAAAAUGGGGAGAAAAGUGUCAAAUUGAGCCCACACAGCAGUCCUAUUGGCGUGCGACGUCGCCUCACCUUGACUGAGCCUGACCCAGUUGGUUCAGUUGAAACUGAAAGUAGUGGUUCCAGCACAGCAUCACCGUCAAGCUCUCCUAUCAAGAAGCCGGCUGCAGCAAUGAAAAAUUUGCAAUUGCCUGAAGAGGUGCCAGUGGUAGAGGGUCGACGGUUGAGCUCACAAUCAGCACCUGCAAUCCAGAUUUAUCGGACAAAGGAACUUACUUUUUCUUCUGAUCUCAAUUUCAAUGAAUCUGUCACAUUCCAAAUUGGUGAUAAUGUCAAGUACUUUAACUUUGGAGUGUGGUCAGCUCACAGCGGGUCCAGUGACGGGAAAGACGUUCUCAUGGGCCACUUGAGCAUUCCUUUACACAAAAUAAUUGACAAGUGCACCAUCACUGGACUGGGUCAUUUGAUCAAGAAGUGGCAGCUCUUGGAGCCUUGCGUCUCACAAUCCCCACAUACCCUGACGGAUCACUCCGGGUUUGAUCCUUCCUUUUGCUUUGGAGAUGCUCUGUUCUGCUUCAUCCUUCUGCAAGACGCGCAGUCUGAAAAGUACAAACCCAGUUCUGCAAGAACCUCGUUUUCUGGUAGGGGCGACGCUGAUAGUGGUCUUAAUGAAACACCAACAAGCACACCAGCUGGAAAAGAGUCUCCAGCGCAUGAAACUUCAACACCAAAUAUUUCCCUUCUAGGGGGCUCUGAUGAGUCAACUUCACAUGACUUUGUCAGGACUCAUUUCUCGCGAACCACCCUUUGCGACUUCUGCUGCAAAAAGAUUUGGCUGAAAGAUGCUGUCCAGUGUCGGUCUUGCAAAAUGACGUGUCACAAAAAAUGUGUCGUGAAAUGUCAAGCGACUGCCGUGUGUGUUCCUAUUGAAGAGGACCAGUGCUUGCUCCAAGGAAUGUCUCCCACCAAAACUCCUGAAAUUGUAACAACUGAAGUCGAAGGUGGCGAAGGGGUUACUAUAGAAGCACCGACGACACCUCAAAGUUCCAAGCGUGGACUGGGCGGUCUACUCGCAUCUGUUGCUAACGCUGCUCAGAGUAGAAGCAUCAAAAGGGCCGGCUCGGCAAGCAGCCUCGCUCCCCCAAAUGGCGCAAAUUCGACGCCAACUGCGCAGAGCGGGAAUACAACACCCUCGCUCUCGCUCAGCUUCUCACGCAGUCUGCCACAUUCGCCACAGGUCUCGCCCUCCUCAAGCAGAAAGGCGUCAAUUGCCGACCCGGCCUUAUUAUUUGAACUCCCAACCGGUCUCGCUGCUCUGGAUGACUCUGUUGACGAGAUUCUGAUUGAAGAGGCUAUGGAGCAACUUCUGCAAAGGUCAUUCGACAAUGAAGAGGCCAUGUCGUUGGCCAAAGACACGGGCAAACAGCUUUACAGCGGACAGUCAGGCCGCAAGGAAAAAAUCAACAAGCUGAUCUCAAAGCUAAAGAUCUCGAUGGAUAGAGAAAUGCAGAUUCAAGAGGCAGUGCAGGCUGAGCCUGAAGACGAGAGUGAGAAAAUAUCGCGAGAGAUUUUACUCAACAGAUCCGAGAAACGGGUUCAAGCGAUCACGGUUUUGAUGCUGCACUGCUGUUCUGGACUGCAGCACGUUCAAGACACUGAGGACGAUGAGCUUGGAACCCAAAGAGUUGCGACUGAUGAAACAAACGCUGCGACUAACAACACUGCAGGAUAACUAUAGUAAAGAACACCAAAACAAUUAAAUGUGGAAAACAUAAAAAAAUUUGCCUAAAGGAAAUAAUUACAUUAUUCAAGCGAUGCAUCGCAUUUUGUUACUAGUCUCUUUGUUGCGUGAUAAUACAAACAAGUAUGCCGCACCUUUUAAAGAUUUGAAGCGGGCGUAAUCGGAUAAACUUACAGUUAUCAGUGGCAUUUAUUGAUUAUAUUCUUGUAUUCCUUUGGUUGAAAUGAACCAAAGUGGUCAUGUCUCAUAUAUCUGUAUCAUUUUUUUUAGAAACGUCAGCUUUUGGCCUUAUUUGGCCUCAAUUGAACGAUUGUUACAAAGCGUAUGGUAGUAUAGUUAUAUUAAAUUUAAAACUUGUAUAUUUUUUCCUAAUAUUGAGCGACAUCCUUUUAUCAGAAGCGUUUUCAAAGAAAAAUUGAGGAGCACAUACAUGUUAAAGAUACGAGUUCUUCGUCUCUUAAUGUUUCUUUUAUAAUAAUUAUUAAGCUUCGGUUUUAUACUUAAACUAUAUUGAAGUACAGCACUUCUUACUUAAAUUAGCUAUGCUCUGUAUGAAAAUCUUUUUGACAGCAGCAGCUGAAUAUGAGAAACUUUUUAUUUCAGUGUCUGUGGUUUGCAAAUAUCUCAAAUCACACUUAAUUAUUUUUGAUAGAUUUUUUAGAUGUAUCUCCAUUGAAAAACGUGAAAAAAUUGCCGUGCAAUCAGAGAUUUGAAAGUUUGAGAUGGCAAAAUUCCCCCUUGUGCAGCAUAUAUUCGAGCAAGGGACAUAGGACGUCUUUAGGAAGUUUUCUUUCCUAAAUAAAUUUUUCAUAAUUUUUCCUUGUUUUAAUUUUUUUCUUGGCAAUUCUUUUAUCAGCAGAUUACUAUUUCUCAGGUGUUAACAUAUAGCGUUAUUAUUAUAUGCAACACAAAAUACUUGCAAGUAGUGUUUUGGGUGAUUUCUUUAUAAGUUAGUGAUGAUCACUUGUAAAAAUCUCAUCAAAAUAACUAUUUUUAUUUUUUUACAUUAUACUUUUUCAUCAAGUACGGACUUUAAAAGUUGGAUGACAAAACCAUAUUUAUUUGUAUUGAAAAAUGACACUCCUUGAUCUGCUAGAGAGAUAUGGAAUGAUGCUUUGGAAUAUAUAUUUUUUCAAGCGAGGCCCAUUUGAUCUAAAUAUUUAUUUGUUACAAUUUUAGCGAGUUAGCUUAUAAUGUUCAAUGAAAUUACCGUUUGUAUUGUAUGACUAUUUCGUCACAUUCAAUUAAUUAGAUGACUUAUGUGCUGUAAUGAGCCUGUGAUUAUAUUAACUAUUAAUAUAUCGGAAUGUACCCCUAAAUCACAAAAAAUAUCGUUUUCACGGACUUGGUUUGUGUGCUUGAGAAUGGUAGAGUUUACCUGGAAUAAUAUUGAUUUAGUAUACUUUUCGUGUGCGCGAGGAUUAUAUUAUAAUUUGUAAGAAAUUUCUGGUAAAACUGAAAUUAUCAAAUUUGCCAUCAGUUUUUGACAUAAAAAACCAGCUGUAUAUGUAUAUAAUAAUCAUCGUUCCAACACUACACUUCCAUUCCAUUUCCAUUUCAGUCGUUGAUAAUAGGUAAAUAAUGUAGUUUGAUCUUAAUUGUCAGGUGAAAUUUCUGAUAUCAUAUAUACUGUCAUUAAAAAUACGAUAAAAACUAUGUCACAUAUCAUUGCGUAAUAAACAUUUUUGACAUCGUAUAUCACUUCAAGGC